CAGAAAUCUGCAAUCGAGAAAAGAUACUUCUCACACAAUGGUAAAACCAACCACAGGUUCGACUGCAGUCUCGACGGUCUGCGAAUCGUCUGCCGAAGCCGAAAAGGUCAACAAGCUGGUAAAACAGCUAGAGACACGUCCUUUAGGUGAGAAGCAGUUAGUGGAUGAGGUAAAAGGCGUAUAUGCUGAUCUUGUCAUGGUCGAGAACAAAUGCAUAGAGGUCGAUAAUGCACACUCCUCGCUGAAUAACGACUCGGCUUCCCCAAAGCUAAAUACCGACCAGUGGCAAGCUCUUAUUGUCUUGCACCGGACGCUACUACAUCAGUACCACGACUUCUUCCUCGCCUCUCAGCACCCUUCGGCAAGUCCAGCACUGCGACGCCUUGCCUCCAAAUAUACAAUGCCGGCGCGCAUGUGGCGACACGGCAUUCAUACUUUUUUGGAGCUGUUGAGGCACCGUUUGCCACAUUCGCUUGAGUACAUGCUCACAUUCAUCUACUCCUCGUACUCUAUAAUGGCACUUUUGUAUGAAACUGUGCCAGCUUUUAAAUAUACUUGGAUAGAAUGUUUGGGAGACCUUUCAAGAUAUAGAUGGCCAUUGAAGACGACGACGUUCGCGACAGAGAGGUCUGGACAGCUGUUUCUCGCGACUGGUACUCGCGAGCUAGUGACAAGGCACCCACCACUGGACGCCUGUAUCACCAUCUAGCAAUCUUGGCGAGACCUAAUGUUGUAACACAGCUUUUUUACUACGCCAAAAGCUUGUGUGUGCCCAUUCCCUUUAACAGCGCCAGGGACUCAAUUCUCACCCUCUUCGAACCCAUCAUGGCUGGCACACACCAUAAGCUACACGCCGUCGAUCGUGCGCUGGUCAGGUGUCACGGAACUUUCUUCACCGGCAAGGACACCGAAGAUCUCGAAGAUGCGCGCAAUGAAUUUCUUUCGAACCUCGACCUGGCUGUGGCCAAGGGCGCAAGCCGCUGGCUUGAGGCAGGAUAUCAAAUCGCCGUGACAAAUCUUUGUGCACUGCUGGACUACGGCCUGCCUAACAACGUUCUCAUGAUGGCACUUGACGCUUCGAACAAAGACAUCCCUAUGAGGAAAGUUGUAGUCGGAGACGAACCAGCUUCGGCCGAGCAAGAAGCUUCAGAGACGCAGAAACCGUCCAAUACUGGUGAUGAAAAUGCUCCAGUUGCCGCCACCACGGAGGCCAAAGAUGACGUGGUCGACCUCUCCAAACUUUUUAAAGAAGUUCUCCGGUUUGUGGAAAGCACAGAUACAAUUGUUCUUUCACGGCUGGGGGAUCCGAACAUACUUUCUUACCUCAACGUUAGGCUCAUGUUCUUGCAUCAGAUGGCCAUCCUGAAGGGCCCAGGCGGGGCCGAGGCUCAACCACCAGCAAUUUCGCAUCUCGAGGCUUCUUUCUCUUGGCAUCUACUCAGUUUAUGCUUAAACUCUUUUGCAGCGGGUUUUGAGUCUCCCAACAAAUACGAGACGAGCGAGUUCCCCCGUACAGGCGAGAGGAGGCCGCUUCCCGAGGAUUGGGCAAUGCGCGGGCUUGUUUGGGCUGAGAUGGCCUUUCCGGCCGAUCAUUUCAGCGUCAAUGAAAACAUGGAGGAAGCCGAGAAGACGUUUGAGAGUCCAUUGAUGGGAGAACAACGUCGUGAGAGGUGUCUGUGGAUCGCGUACCAGAUCGCACAGAUCCGAACAUCGGGAGACGGCGAGGAGGGUCGUUGGAUCACGUACGACGUUAACACGAAAAAGUUUCGUCCGACGGCCAAGUAUGUGUCAACCGUUAACACACACUCUUCUAUCACUAAAGCCACGUUCCUGGACGACAAGGACGUCCUCCCAGAGGCGGAGCUCGUGAGCACCAGCUCAGGGCCAGAAAGCACAGAUGGAGAAUUGUCAGGCGAGGAAACAAACUAAAAUCCUGUCAUCAUUAAGUUUCCUGAGAAAGAU